AUGCAGACUCCGUCGGUCGCAGACGCCGUGCCGGCGAAGUGCCCCGGUUCGCUGGACGGUAUCGAUAGAACCGACUCGCAGCAGUCGGAAGUGGGCCGAUUUGACGAAUCGCGUGCCAGCAGCACGGACUCGGUGCUGUGCCGCAUUUGUCAGAGCUCGAGCGACGAGCAGAAUAGCAUGAUAUCGCCGUGCCUGUGCAAGGGUACGAUGAAGUAUGUUCAUCAGGAGUGCCUGGAGCUGUGGCUGAACCGUUCCGGACUCACCAGCUGCGAGCUGUGUUUGCACACAUUUCAAACCCAUGAAGCACUGAGAUAUGGAUGCUGCGAGUCGGUGCUGGUAUGGUACCGGAACCCCGACCAUCGCAACCUUUUGAUGUCCGAUCUUAUGAUUUAUUUCAUCAUGUCGUUUGUUUGCUUCAUGCUAACACUGGUGAGCGUGCUGGUGCUACGGUUCCAGGACUACGAGCACAACCCAUUCGCCGAGCAGAUCGCUAAAAUAGCGGCCAUUUCCUUCCUGUCUUUGGUUAUUCUUGCCUACGUCGGCAACGUUCUAAUUAUUGCGCGGGAUCACAUUUUUCCCUGGUAUCGCUGGUGGAAGUCGGCGAGAUGUGUGCGGCUGUCCGUUCGAGAAUUUUCCCGCUAUCCGGACGAAUCCGUGUAG